GCGGCUGAGGCAGCCCAUGCGGUCCCGGACGCCGGUGGCGGCGGUGACGGCGCGGGAGCUCUGCGAGAACGAUGACCUGGCUACGAGCCUCGUGCUGGACUCGGUGCUCGGCUUCCGCACGCACAAGAUGGGGGUCAGCCCCCUGCCCGCCCUGAGGCGCCGGGCCCAGCUCCGAGCGGCCAUCGAGGCCUUCCGGCAGCGCCGGGACCUGGAGGCGGCCUGGAGGACGCUGAGCGCGGCUUGGGCUCCGGCUUUCUUCCGCCAGCGGCGCCCGGUGCAGCGAGCGGCGCUCAAGAUCCACGUGUUCAGGUACCUGCGGACGCUCCUGCCCGAGAGCGGCUUCAGCAUCCAGCGCUGCACCCGCUACAGCCACGACACCAACGGCGCCAGGGUGGUGUCCACCCGCACCUGGCGCAAGCACGAGACGCUGGAGCUGCUCGGGGGCUGCGCCGUGGAGCUGCGGGGCUCGGACCGGGCGCUGCUGCGGGCGGGCGACAACGACUUCAGCCUCAUGUACUCCACACGGCGCCGGAGGACGCAGCUCUGGCUGGGCCCCGCCGCCUUCAUCAACCACGAUUGCCGCCCCAACUGCAGGUUCGUGUCGUCCCCGGGCGGGGCGCGGGUGCAGGCGCUGCAGGACAUCCCGCCCCGGGCAGAAAUCACCUGCUUCUACGGCGAUGGCUUCUUCGGAGAGGGCAACCUGGGCUGCGAGUGCCGCACCUGCGAGAGACGAGGCGAGGGCGCCUUCCGGCACCGCGGCAAGAUGGCGGAGCCGCCCCCUCAGGACCCCCCCCCCAAAUACGAACUGCGCCAGACGGACGUGAGGCUGCGCCGGGGGGGGGCCGGGCAGGACGGGACCCCCCCCCACAACCCGCCCCGCCGGAAGCGCCCCCCGCCCGCCAACCGGAAGCGCCGCCAUCUUGGCCGCCAUCUUGUCCCCCCCUCACGGCGCGGCCGCCAUCUUGGGCGCGGCGGGGCCGAGCCCCGGGUGUCCCUGCACGACUGCGUGUCCUGCGGCAGCCGCUGCCGCCUGCGGGGGGGGGUCCCGGUGGUGCGGCUGGGGGGGCUGGAGACCCCCAAACCCCUCCCCAAAUCCGUCCCCGCGCCGCGCCCCGACCCCAAACUGUCCCUGUACGCCCACGUCAGGCUGGGGGGGGGCGCCCCCAAACUGGAGGAGGGCGAGGACAGGGGGAGCCCCCCCCGGCUGAGGCUGGUGGUCACUCAGGGGGGGCUGGCCCUGACGCUGCCCCCCCUUUCCGAGCACUGACCCCUCCCCGUUGUGGAUUUUGGGGGGGCUGGACCCCCCCCACACCCCAAAUUUGGGGGGUCAGAGAUGAAUUUUGGGGUCUGAGCUGCGAUUUUGGGGGUUGGACCCCCCCGGUUUUGGUGUCUGGAGCCGAGUUUUGGGGUUCAGACCCCUCCCCAUUUAGGGGCCAGACCCAAAUUUGGGGCUUGGACCUGAAUUUUGGGGUUCAGAGUCCCUGUUUUGUGAGCUAGACUAAAAUUUUGGGGUGUUGGAGCCCCGGUUUUGGGGCCAGACCCAAAUUUUGGGGUUUGGAUCCCCGUUGUUAGGACCAGAUAUGAGUUUUGGGGUUUGCAGCUCUGGUUUUUGGGGCCCAGACCCAAAUUUUGGGGUUUGGAUUCCUGGUUUUUUCGGGGCCAGACCCGAAUUUUGGGGUUUAAACUUCUGCUUUUGGGGUCUGGACUCAGAUUUUGGGGUUUGGACUCGAGUUUUUUGGGGUCUGGACUCAGAUUUUGGGGUUUGGACUCCACUUUUUGGGGUCUGGACUCAAAUUUUAAAGGUUUAGGCCUCUGCCUUUAGGACCAGACCCGAAUUUGGGGGGCACAGACCCCCCUAAAAAUCCAAAUUUUGGGGUUUGGAUCCUUGCAUUUGGGACCAGCCCCAAAUUUCGGGGGUGCUCAGACCCCUUAAAAUCCAAAUUUUGGGUGCUGAACCCCCUCCCCAUUUUUUAAACCCAAAUUUUUUUGGGGACCCC